AACCUGGAGAGAAUACACAACCCGACCCGUGGUGGACAGGGAGUCUCUGUGCAGCAGACAGAGGAUGUUUCAGAAGGCUUUAGUUGGAAUCUUCUCCAGAGAUCACCGGGAUUGCUAUGAUUGGCUGAUUGCUUUCCUCCUGGACUCCUCAUUGGUGAAAGAUGUCCGUCCGGUCUUCAUCCCUUGUGACUACAUUCACGAGGCCCGUCAAUGCUCAUUGGCUGUUCUCUACCACACCAAGAACAGAGGAAGAUUGAAUGUGACCGACGUGAGGGACUCUCUGUAUGACGAGGAGUUGGAGGCUUUAUCGAUCUUACUAGGGAGGGAGAAUGUGAUUGUGGUAAUUGACGAUGUAGAAAACGCCAGCGAUGAGGAGAAGGUCCGGAUUCUGGAGAAUCAGCCCAGCAUUGGACAAUAUGCCCGGGAUUUCUUCCUAUUCAGCUCUACACACGAUAAAAGAAAUUCACCAAACUCCCAGAAGAAUCUCAAAGAGAUCAAAAGAAUCAUAAAUGCUCAUAAUAGAAGACUGCCGUGCACACGCUUUGGAGAAAUACUUAUCAAACACCAUCGUCUAAUUAUACUGGCCUUAAUUACCUGUGGCCUUCUUAUUCUCAUCAUAUCGCUGGUUGCGUUUGGGAUCCAACAGAGUACUGUACCUCCGACUACGGCGAGUCCCUGGAAUUUCACCACCAACACCACCUCCAAAACGUGAACCCGCAGACAUGGGUGGCCAUGGAAAGUCCUACACUAAUGCACAGUAUAUAUAAGUUUAGAAUGGGUAACAGGUGGAGGAAAAUAAACUUAAAGGGUAACUCCACUUUCAUGGGAAAAAAAUGCAAAUAAAGGAAAAAUAAUACAGCACAUAUAAUUUGCAACACUAAUCAUAUUGUAAUUGGAUGUUAUUAAAAAUUACCUUUCCUUUUCAA